AUGUUGGAUCGGCCGACACAAGAAGAAUAUAAGUUUUCAUUAAAAUUCAAAAGUCGACUUAUACACGAAUAUAUACUCUCUCUUUUUCAGUUCCCUUUUCUUUCACUCUUUCUUUCUUCUUUCUUUUCUUUCUUUCCCACCUCUCUUCCUUCCUUUCUUUCAUUUUCUUUUCUCUCUCUCUCUCUCUCUCUCUCUCUCCGCGUUCCAUUUUUCUUCUUCUCUCUCUUUUUGCUUAUUCUUCCCUUACCCACUUAUCUAUUCACGUCUUCUAACGAAAUUUUUGACUUUUUGACUAGCUCAAUGAUUUCUGCAACACCUUUUCCCACCAUCUCUCUCCCUCAAACCACCUUUUCCCCUCCCUUCUCUCUCCCUCCACCACUCUCUCCCCUCUCUAUCUCUUCCUCCCCGUUUCUCUUCCCUCUCUCUAAUCCAACCCUAUCUUCUUCUUCUUCUUCUUCUUCUUCUUCUUCUUCUUCUUCUUCUUCUUCUUCUUCUGUCAGCCAUUUUAGGGUUUCCUUCUCAGCGCUUGCAAUGAUGCUUGAUAUGCGGGCGGAUUUGCGAAAGAUAAAGUCCGCAGCCCAAAUGUCAAAUUUCCUUAUUUCCUUGUCUCUUUCCUUCCUUCCUUCCCUCCUUCCUUCCUUCCUUCCUCAAAUCUUUCAUCAUUUAUUUUCAUUUUUAUCCAUAUAUUCCAGAAGUUUUUAUUGUAUUUUUCUUUUUUCGUUAUGUUCUUUAUGUAUUUAUCUCUUUUACAAUUUCUUUCUUUCUUUCUCCUUUUUCCUUCCUUUCUUCGUCAGUUUUGACUUUCCUUUUGGCUAUAUGCAUUUAUUGGCUAUAUUCAUUAUUCUUUAUUUAUCCAUCCAUCCAUUCUUUCAUUCUUUUUAUUCUUUUUUUCCUCCAUUCUUUUUUCAUUCGUUUAUUCUUUAG